AUGUCCUUUAUCCCUCCCCACCACAGCUGUCGUCUUGCCAGCAGGUCACCACCUGCGGUACGACGUGAGCUGUCGAAUCGCCAAGCAGCCCAGGCGAGUGUCUGGCGGUCAGGCAUGCUCGAGCAAAUAGACAAGUCAGAGUUUGCGGAGGGUCUUGCAGGGAUUGGCUCAAGGAUCUGCACGAUUCGCAUCGAGAUCGGCGGUGGUUGGUGCUGGUUCGUGGCGAGCUGA